UCAAGCAGCAGACCCUUCUUCAGCUUCCUCAGAGCUCUACUCUCUGCAUUUUGCUAAAGUCACGUCUUCAGGCAUCUCGAUUCCGCUGUUUCUUUGCCUAGGAAAUGGCCGUGGUUUAUCUACGUACCGAUCUGGUUUUGUUUGAGGAUUGAUUAGAGGUGUAUUUGCAGUGUAAUAUAAGCUGUAGGCUGUCAAAGCGGAGCUGCCGCAGCUUCUGCAAUUGGAGCUGUUGGAGUAGAGUUGAGGCCAUCCUUGGUGUGGAGGAGCUCUCCUCAGAACCUGCGGGAGCAGAAUUGAAAUUUUCUGCAGCAUUUUAUGUGUGUGAAUGAGAAGGGAGUAAAGAACUUCAGGCUGAAAUGGCUUGACAGCUUGUUAGCAAGAAAAUGCUCUCUCCUGCCUCAAAAAAAAAAGCCCUUAACCUUCUUGUGGUUGGGGAUAGAAAGUUGAAACUGUCAGGCAAAUAGCCACCAUCCAGGAGAAAUGCUUCUGAAUGUUCUUGUGAAAGGUAGCUUUGAUUUGACAGUUACAAGGCUUUGAGAAUAGCACUCUGUUUAUACAGGACUGUAAAUACUUUGAAGUUCUUUAGGCUUUGCUGUACAUGCGUGGCUAACUAGGAAAAUAUUAAAUGUGUACACGUUGGUCGAAUGAGGGAAGAUUCUGCUGCGGUCGGAAUUGCAUGCACUUGGUGCUUUUAUAAGAUCAUGCCGAGGCAGUAGGUUAGGUAAUAGGCCUGAUUGUAGAAUUUCUUAAUUUCUUGUCAAAAUAGAAUUUUUACACGCAGCGUUUUGAGAUCUUCUAGGUGACCUCACGUUAUUUAACAAAUGUCGGUAGCUUUGGCAGCUUUGAUAUGAUCAUGCAGCCUCCUGGAGCAUGGUGUGCACACAGUCUUUGCUUGUAGAGUUCUUUGAAGUGCCUUCCUCCUCAGAAGAAUCAUUGCUGUGCUGACAAGCUGACGUUUAACAGCUAGGAAACCAGCAUGCAGAAGCACCGUGCUGGGUCACUAGAGAUGGUGAUGCGUGUAAUGUGCCCAACGUGGGUUGAAAAGCAGAGAAAGGGAAGGUUGAGCACAGCCUCAGUAAGCCGCACACGAGGGCUGCAGCAAUCCUUCGGCUCUGCCACCGUGGGCACGUGUGCUUCACCCUGCCAGCUUCCCGGGGUGGGAGAGCUUGGUGUUGGAAGGCUGCAGGAGAGCUUGUGCAGGCGGGCAGAGCCGGGGGCAGCUGAUGGUGGCAGUCUUGAAAUAAAACUGAUGCUGGAGGGCAGUGAGGCUUAAGGGAGCCUUGAGAAACUGCUCAUCUGAAAUGGGGAGGGGGGGCAGGUCACCGGUCCGAUGAAGGAAGGUGCGUGGGUUGCCCCCAGCGCUCCCACCAGAGCUGGUGUGUGGUGUCCUCACUCAGCAUACCUGGUAGCUACGACUUGCAGUAGCAACGGGUCCUCCUUAGAGGAGGUCUGUCCUGUGCUGACCCAGCCCAGCCCCGUUUAGCUUAUGAAAACUGACAAGAUUGCAGCCCGAGGUGUUAUGCCUGAGGACUGUUUCAUACCUUUCAUUCUGGAAGCCUGGUGAGGGGAUGCCAAAAUGAAACGAAGAAGUGCUUGCUUUUUUUUUUUUUUCCCCUCCAUUCUGAGCUGAUAGGUGACUUAUUUCUCCCAAGGCUUCUGCUUAAACAAUGUGAUGUUACUACAUAUUGAAGAAUGGUCUCAAUGUCUCUUCAGUCCUGUAUUCUUAUCCAUUGUUUUCACAUCUUUUUUUUUUUUCCUCCUCACUCUUUCCACAGAUUAGUUUGUGAAGAAUGGGCUUCUGGAAAGCUUUAUGCAGGUUUCUUUUACUUAUAGUUGUUGUUCAUGCUGACGUCACUAUUUAUGUUUCAGAAAAAAUAAACCCAGAGUAGUAGGGGAGAUUGCCUCUGGCUGCAAUCGUGUUAUCUAUUUGCCCCAUACAAAUGUGAUUUUGACAGGAGGCAAAGCUACGAAGGCAGCCUGUGGACAUCUCUGGCAUUAUCCACUGGACUCUACCAUGUAAUGUUGACUGAUGCUAGUUCUGUUAAGUGCUAACAUGAUGUAGAAAGCCACAGAAGCCUGUCAUAUAUUAGGGAAAUACUGUUAAAGCAUUUCUUGAGAACUCCCUGAUUGCUAAAAGCUUUUGAUCUUUGUCAGUGUUAACAAUAGUAGGAACUCUGGAGCAGACAGGCUGCUGCUCAGGUAAGUGACACUCCACAUAAAGUGCUUAAAACUCCAGCCGUAAUGUACAAGUACAGUAACAGCUUCCAGACUGCUGACAUAGGUAGGGCUGGGCUUACCCGGGUGGCUUCCUAGCCAACCUGUAGCUGCAAAGUUGGUGAAGUCACGGUGUUAUAUACCAUAAUCGUACAGAAGCAGGUAGUUGUAGGGUUGGUGUGUUGUUUUUUUGUUUGUGUUCCCCCCCCCCCCCCCCCAAAAAAAAAAAAAAAAAAGCUGGAACUGUGUCAGAAAUCGCAAGGGAUGCCUGUGGACACCUUGAAUCUGCCUACCAGUGUCCAUUAAUAUCUGUCUCCCCCAUUACUUUAUGGAAGGAGUUGUGGAAAGAGCUGUAUGAAAUCAGAAACUGUCUAUGAAAGGUGAUCAUCCUCCUUGUAUUAAUAGCACAAUGAAGUGUUACGGCACCAAAAAUAAAGUUUAAUGGACAUAUUAUGGACAGUUUUAUGGUUUAGCGGACCACUUGCCUAUUGCAAAAGAUUGUUUUAGAAUGGUUUCUGUAAAUACCCAGAAUGAAUAACUGCUUAAACAGCCUUUACAUCCGAGCUGCUGUUAGUUAUCCUUGUGCUUGUCAGAAGAAAGAAGGAAGAAAACAGUCAGUGGAUGAGAGGAGGGAGCGGCUGCAUUAGGAAUACCGUAAAGCUCUGUCCUCUGAGCCUUUGGGUUGGGAUUUGUCAGUGAUGGUUUUGACUGUGCAUUUUUAAGACUGGGGAAUGAAGGCAGCACUUUCUGUGGCUGUCUCUACUUAUUUUGAGUGGAUGUUGGGGGAGACUGGUUCUUUGGGAAACAUCUAUGUGGUAGAAGUAACAGGGGGGAAAGUGUGGAAGAAAAAGUAUCUGUGCUGUCUUAACCAAAGUGUGUGGAUAUGUAGAGGCAGCUACGCCCAGUGGAGUUGCACUUAUGUGACCACACAUCAUAUUUGUGUGGUGUGUUUUUUUUCUCAUAGUUUCAGGGAGGUUUAUACCAUGGUCAUGAAUUCUUGCAUUAAUCUGAGCUUCUCAAAGGAAAUUAUUUUCUUGUAAUGGCAUAGUCUCUUUCCUUUUUUUUUUUUUUCCUACGUAAAUGUGCUUAUAGAUCAUCAAGUAUUGAUUUUUAUGUGUUGCCUAUCUUUGCUCAGUCCUUUUCUCUGUGCUUCAGGGCAUGGAGUUAGUUCUGAGCAAUAACCUGCCUGUGUUUUAGAGGUUAGUGGAGUGGUGGGUUCACAUUACGUGUACAAGGAAAGUUAUUUUAUCAGCCUCUUUUGGAAGUUGUAGUGAGCCUUGUCUCGUAUUCAUGUAGUGAAAUAAAUCUAGGUGACAGUAUUUGGAUUCUUCUUUUGAUUGACAGUUGCUCCUGGUAAAAGACUGUCAGCAAAGAGGUAAUGCUGUGGAGGCUUCUCUGACUUUUGCAUAAGAAAUUCUUGGCUUUGAGAAACUGCAAGGACCUUAUGUGUGACAUCUCUUUUACUGCCAAGAUAUGAACGUGGCAAAGUCCAUACUGUUCCAGGUUAAGUUAGGACACAUCUGGAAACUAGUGUCUGGCUGUGAGCUGCUGUUCAGUCAGCUCAGUAUUGACAAAUUGGCUCUUGAUCUUCAUAGAAUCACUGACUGUCCUGAGCUGGAAGGGACCCACAAGGAACAUUGAAUCCAACUCCCAGCUCUGCAUAGGACCACCCCAAAUCCAAACCCUAUGUCUGAGAGCGGUGUCCAAACACUCCCUGAACUCCGGCACUUGGAGCCGUGCCCACUGCCCUGGGCAGCCUGUGCCAUGCCCACCGCCCUUUGGUGCAGAACCUGUCCCUAACCCCCAGCUGCCCCUCCCCUGAUGCAGCUUCAUGCCAUGCCAUGUUAAUAAAAUAAUUUGUGAGUAAAUGGGAUUUGUAGCUUAGCAUGUAGUGACAGAACUUGCUAGCUUUCCCAGAUCAGCAGCUAGUUGUGGCAGAAUAUGAUCCAUGGGCCAUCUGAGGUGCCCCUGGAGCAAAUAGCCUCUGCCGUUCUGGCAGAAGGAGCACAAGUGUGUCAUCUGAAAGUCUACUGACUAAUGAUGCUGGUUGUCUAGAGGAUGAGGUUUGCAAACACUGCUAGGGAGAGGGCAUGCCAAUAGCUUACCAUCUACAGAUUACUUGCUUGGACAAGCAGAAUUGUAAUAUGUCCAGGUGACAUGUGUGUUGAUCCCAUGCCUCUAACUCUGGUGGUUUUUUAGGUACACAGUGUAUUUUCUGUUCUCACUUAGGAAAAAGUGCAUUUGAACAACCAGCUGAAGCCUAUCUGUGCCUGUAGCAUUGGUCACUGCUGCCUGCUUUGUGCCAGCACCAGUGAGCGUGCAGCCACCUGGUUGGCUGAAGCAGGAAGGUUGUCUGCUGAAAAUGAAUCCCGUCUUUCCUAGAGUUAGUUUUCAGCUGGGUCACAAGUGCAAACGGUAGCUGGAAGGGAUAGACUUGGAUAGUCUUAGGCUGAUAGAAGUUAUUUCCUUGGCUGCAGCACAUGCUUGGCCUAUGGAAGGUAGAGCAGCGUUUUGACAAGCCCAUGUGAAUGCAGGUGGGUCCAGUACUGGUUGUAUUACAGGCGUGUGCUUCGUCGCGGGAAAGGCUGAGAACAGGUUUUGCUAAGAGAGGUGGGGGCAAUUUAAAGGUGUAGUUAAAAGUCCCUGGUAGGGGCUAUAUCUAGGAGUAUGGACUGGUUCAAGGUAUUGAAGAGUGUUCUGUGUCCCCGCCUCCUCAGUUGUCAUGGGGAGAUGUGUGUGGUUUUGGAAUACUCAUGUCAGCUUGUCUGUUUGCUUACAUAUGAUCUUAAAGGAGUGUGACAGCUGAAUAAAAGCAUUGAAUAACGCUUCCUGCGUCCUCCUUGUUUCCUAGUUGCAGUCUUAUCAAUGAGGUGUGUAAUCAGAUACUUUGUUAAACAGCAGCUUAUUAAAAAAAAGUAACACAUGCAGUUCAGCUGCAAGCGUGCAGGAAAGGCAGACGUUAACCAACUGUUAUGAUUUGCAUGUGUUUGAAAACCAGCGGUAACUCUGGGGUCACCUUUUGCCAGUGUAGGUGUUCUCCCUCUUAAGCGGUUCAAUGAGGGUAGGGGAAAUAGGAUGUGCCCUUCCCAGCAAAAUUUUGUGAAAGGAGCGUGUGGGUUCAUUCAUUGCCUUAGCCCACCUCUCCCAUCACAUGGGGAGCCCAUUGGUGGAUGCGCUCAUUUGCUUCCUGGUGGCAGCAGUUCACACAACUCCUGCUGCUGAUGUCACCACUCUCGGUCACUCCUGAGGCCCCAGCUCUUCGCAGAGCAGUCUCUUACUCCACCUGCUCUCUCAUCUCUUUCCCACUUCACUACCUCAGCUACAAUUCAGGGUGCUGGCACAGCUUGCAUUCAAAGUCAUCACUUGUUUUCAAUAGCAGCAGGUCUCUAGCCUUUUCCUUUUUCCAUGCUGAUUUUGGGCUCUUGCCACCCUUGGUCCAGCACAGAUUGACAGCCUCAGAAAGGCUGUGGGGGAAAAAAAGAACUACACUCUUUCUUGUAUGCUAAGAGGUUUCUUGCCUUUAAUGCUUCGUGUCACAGUAAGGCCAUAAGUUUGAUACUUUUAUCUGCUUGGUAUGCCUUUAUUUCAUCUCCACAUUCGCCUCCUCAAAGAGGGAGAAAAGACUGAAGUGAAUCAGUGAUAACUACGGCUGUUCCUGCUGUAGCAGCCACAAUGCUGUACACCUGCAAGUACCUGGCCACUUGUUGCUAUCAAGCAAUGCAAGCACUGCUUCCGCAGCCUAAGGGCACAAAGGGGGAAUAAGCUACUUGGUGUGGUUUGCUUUUUCUUCUUUUAACUUCUGUUUGCAUCACAGCAAUACGGUGGUUAGUUCACAGAAGAUGGUUCAUGAGCAAGUUACCGUAAGGUAGGCUAAGAUGAGCAUCUAUAUCUUGUUAGUUACUCAGUGGUAGCUGCUUGUGUGCAUGCUCUCACUCUUCUGCUGAGAAGCAAGCUGUCUUACGCUGGCUGUGGGCUCAGACUGUGCUGGUGAGCAGCAAAGGGAAGAAAACUAGAGGGUGGCAUUACCUUGCAAUAACCUGGCCUGGGUCACCUUAAAGGUGGCUCGUGUUUGUUCCUCUCCUGGUGAUCACCUUAGUUUUGUAAGGCUUUCUCCGGUGUUGUGCCAAGUUGAACUUGAAUGUUUCAAGCAAUAGAGCUCCAACCAUUCUCUUCUGAUAGAUUCUCUCCGUCGUGAUGUCUGCUGGAGUUUGUGCUUUCUCUUUCAAGGGAAAGGGUGAAUUUGUCGCUGCUCUGACAGCAAUGUGUCAGUAUAGGCACUGACAUGGCACAGCCAGUAUUGUUCUCUUGGGUGGGGUGGGGGAAAGGGAAGAGGCAAUACAAGCGGGUAAUUGGGCGCAGGGAUGGUUGUGCUGCUGUGGUACAUUUCGCAUCUUGUUGCGAUAGGUGUUUGUUUCAGCUUCUGUCUGUAGGCGUGACUUAGCUAGAUAAGGAUGGUCUGUCACGUUGAUGAUUUCAUUGUUUGAUUUGGCUGGAUUGAGUGGAGAAUGUAGCUCCAUUGUUUGGGACCAGCUUUGUAGUUUGGUUUUGUUGAAGUAUAUUACAUGGCAAGGUAUUGCCCCAUUAUUAAGGUGAAGCUGCAGUAGAUAACAUUUGGAGAACAUUGGAGGGAAGAAGACAUGCAGAGCAUUUCACAGUAUGUAACUAUUUGAGCCUCACAGCAGCUCCUGUUGGAGGGAUCUGGUCAGUGCUCAGAGAGUCUGCACUGGCCCUGACAGUUUGGAUGCUGUCUGGAUUCAUACUGCUCCUACAGCCUCUCCAGUUUUCAGAGUGGGUGAGGUAGAAGAAGCUGGCAGGUGGCUAGCUGCUCUUCCUUUACUGACCUCAGAUUUACCAUUGAGCUAUGCCUCACAGUCCAUGUUUCCCUGUGUGAGUAUGUUUUCAGGCACUUGUGUUUUCUUUAAGCUGUGGCUGAGCAUUAUUGUUGCAGGGUUGUCUCCAGUACUUAAAAUGUGGCUGAUCUGUUCUUAGGCUAUGAACUCCUUUGGCCUUAUAGGAAACAAAUGUAGUGCAUGAGGUCCUGUCUGCAAUUCUCAUGAGCAAGCUUUUGGGCUGUCUUACACUGAAACGUUUUUGCUCGGGUUCCCUUCUCCCCAUGGCACAGCACAGUGACAUGAAAUAAGGGCUGUUCUACAGCAGGUGGUGUGCCUUCCUUCCAAAACCUGCCUGAUUUUCCCCUGGAUGUGAUGGAACUGUUAGCUGACUUUACCUGAUGCUUCAUGUUUUUAUUUAUGGCUUGCGUGGAUGUGGAGGAGGUUUUGUAUGGAGCAUAGGUGUUUGGCUGGACUCACAUUGGAGGGAAAGUGAGCCUUUGAAGAGGAAUGGGUGCAGAGAAGGGGGAGGUUGCUCAUAUGAGCCCUGUGCCAGCUUCUCAGAGCACAGAUGAGCUCAUGGGAGACCAGCGAGCUCAAAUGUGGGAGUGUUGAAGCAAGUCUGAGCUACCUCCCCUCUGCACAUCCUUGUGCUGCAGACUUCUUCAGAUGGUUCUAGUCUGAUGAUGGCAUUUUUGCUGCUGAUGAAUGUUGCCAGCCUAGGCAAAGGCUCUUCGCAUCAGUGAUUCAGAGCAAGUUUUGACUCCUCUGCUUCUGGGGCUAGGUGCAGGGAAGGGAGGGGUGGCAGCUGGCUGGGCUGUGUGUUCUUACUGCUGAAACUCUGCCUCUCUCCUUGUUUUCAGGUGAUCAUUACUUGUGAGAGGAGUGGUUCGCACCUCAUGGCCUCCACAAUGAGUACUGCUGUGUCGUGACGCCAGGGGUCUUGUGUGCCCUGGAGAUGCGAGACUUCCCCUGGGCAGCAGGAGGCACGCGUCUAGAGAAUGCUGGAGCUGCAGGAGGGAAGCACCCCGUGCAAAACCAGAGAGGAGCAAAGAGAAAAAAGGCAAGCAGACAGACAGCACUGAGAGAAGCGGGUGGCAGAAAGUACUUCAGAGCUGCCUCUGGCGGCACAGUCCCCAGAGGAACUUGACGAGAGCCCAUCUGCGUGCGUGUGAGACUGAGCUCAGGAUUUCUGUCAAUGCAUUCCAGUAACCCCAAAGUGAGGAACUCCCCGUCAGGCAACACACAGAGUAGCCCCAAAUCAAAGCAGGAGGUGAUGGUCCGUCCCCCUACAGUGAUGUCCCCGUCUGGCAACCCCCAGCUGGAUUCCAAGUUUUCCAACCAGGGCAAACAAGGGGGCUCGACCAGCCAAUCGCAGCCCUCUCCCUGUGACCCCAAAAGUGGAGGUCACCCCCCAAAAGUGCUCCCUGGCCCAGGUGGGAGCAUGGGGCUGAAGAAUGGGGCUGGAAAUGGUGCCAAGGGGAAGGGAAAGAGAGAAAGAAGCAUUUCAGCAGACUCCUUUGAACAGAGGGAAGCUGGGACUCCUAAUGACGACCCUGAAAUCAAAGACUGCAAUUCUGCUGAUCAUGUGAAGUCCCAGGAUUCUCAGCACACACCGCACUCCAUGACACCUUCAAAUGCUUCAGCCCCAAGGUCUUCCACACCUUCCCAUGGCCUGACUGCUGCUUUGGAGCCAGCAAGUGGGCAGAAGACUCCAUCCAAAGUGGUUUACGUCUUUUCUACUGAGAUGGCCAACAAGGCUGCAGAAGCCGUGCUGAAGGGACAGGUGGAAACCAUCGUGUCCUUUCAUAUCCAGAACAUCUCAAACAGCAAGGUGGAACGAAACACUGUACCCUUGAACCCCCAGAUCAAUGCACUUCGGACUGAACCCAAACCCCUGCCGCAGCCGCAGCCCCCUGCUGCCCAGGACCAGAACCCUCCCCAGAACGCCAAAAUGCAGGCGACUCCACCUGUGUCAGCACCGGUAUCCAAAUCCACUGGUCCCCCGUGUCCCAUAGAUCAGGACAGUCCCAGCGUGGAAAGCAAAGUGAUGUCUGUGGGCAGCCCUGCCAGCUCAACCCCAUUGCAAACAGAAGGAUUUGGGCAGAGUUCAACCCCCAAUAAUCGAGCGGUUAGCCCCGUUUCCCAAGGUAGCAAUAGCUCUGCUGCAGACCCCAAAGGUCCUCCCCAGCAGGUGUCUGGUGGGGACCCAUCCAGUUUGGGUGAGAAUCCAGAUGGACUGUCACAGGAGCAGCUGGAACAUCGAGAGCGUUCAUUGCAGACCCUGAGAGACAUACAGCGCAUGCUCUUCCCUGAUGAGAAGGAGUUUGCUGGAGGGCAAAGCGGCGGGCCACCUCCAAAUUCUGGGGUGAUGGAUGGUCCCCAAAAGAAACCUGAAGGGCCAAUACAGGCCAUGAUGGCUCAAUCCCAAAGUUUAGGCAAAGGGUCAGGGUCUCGGACAGAUGGAGGGGCUCCGUUUGGCCCUCAAGGACACAGGGACAUGCCCUUUUCCCCAGAUGAAAUGGGGCCACCACCAAUGAACUCCCAGUCGGGACCUAUAGGCCCAGACCACCUGGACCACAUGACUCCUGAGCAGGUGGCCUGGCUCAAGCUGCAGCAGGAGUUCUACGAGGAGAAGAGAAGAAAGCAAGAGCAGGUUGUCGUGCAGCAGUGUUCCCUGCAGGACAUGAUGGUCCAUCAGCACGGGCCUCGUGGGGUUGUCCGAGGCCCUCCCCCUCCUUACCAGAUGACCCCUGGGGAAGGCUGGGGACCUGGGGGUCCAGAGCCCUUCCCUGAAGGCAUGAACAUGUCGCACUCUCUGCCCCCCAGGGGCAUGGCUCCUCAUCCCAGCAUGCCCGGGAGCCAGAUGCGCCUGCCUGGUUUUGCGGGAAUGAUGAACCCUGACAUGGAGGGCCCCAAUGUCCCAAAUCCCGCCUCUCGGCCGGGGCUUUCAGGAGUCAAUUGGCCAGAUGAUGUGCCAAAAAUCCCAGACGGCCGAAACUUCCCUCCUGGCCAGGGCGUCUUCAGUGGCCCUGGCCGAGGGGAGCGGUUCCCCAACCCGCAGGGCCUGCCAGAAGACCUCUAUCAGCAGCAGCUGGCCGAGAAGCAGAUGGGCCUCCCUCCUGGCCUCAACAUGGAAGGCAUCAGGCCUGGCAUGGAGAUUAACAGAAUGAUUGCGUCCCAGAGACACAUGGAGCCUGGGAAUAACCCCAUCUUCCCUCGCAUGCCGGUGGAAGGGCCGAUGAGCCCCUCCAGGGGGGACUUCCCAAAAGGAAUGCCCCCCCAAAUGGGCUCUGGCAGGGAGCUGGAGUUUGGGAUGGGCCCUGGUGGCAUGAAGGGGGACAUGGGCAUGAAUGUCAGCAUGGGCUCCAACCCACCCCUGGUACCUCAGAAGUUGAGGGAGGCGGGAGUCGGGCCGGAAGAGAUGAUGAAACUGCGACCGGGUGUCUCAGAGAUGCUCUCCUCUCAGCAGAAGAUGGUGCCGCUGCCGUUUGGGGAGCAUCCGCAACAGGAGUAUGGCAUGGGUCCCAGGCCUUUCCUUCCCAUGUCUCAGGGCCCAGGAGUAGGUCUCCGAAACCUCAGAGAACAGAUGGGGCCUGACCAAAGGACUAACAACCGGCUCAGCCACAUGCCGCCACUACCUCUCAAUGCCACCAGUAACCCUAAUAGCCUCAACACUGCUCCCCCUGCGCAGCGCAGCCUGGGCCGCAAGCCCCUGGAUAUCUCUGCAGCCGGUCAGGUGCAUUCUCCAGGAAUCAACCCCCUGAAGUCUCCCACCAUGCGCCAGGUCCAAUCUCCCAUGAUGGGGUCUCCCUCGGGCAACCUCAAGUCUCCUCAGACGCCCUCCCAGCUGGCAGGAAUGCUCGCAGGCCCCACCGCUGCAGCUGCUGCUGCUUCUAUCAAGUCCCCCCCGGUCUUGGGGUCUGCUGCUGCUUCUCCUGUCCACCUCAAGUCACCGUCUCUCCCCGCACCUUCUCCGGGAUGGACUUCGUCUCCAAAGCCUCCUUUGCAGAGCCCCGGCAUCCCCCCGAAUCACAAGGCAUCUCUCACCAUGUCUUCUCCAGCCAUGCUGGGGAACGUGGAGUCGGGUGGUCCACCUCCUUCCACAGUCAGCCAGCCUGCUCCUGUGACUCUCCCUGGAAAUCUUCCCUCUAGCAGUCCUUACACAAUGCCUCCAGAGCCGACCCUCUCCCAGAAUCCUCUCUCCAUCAUGAUGUCCAGGAUGUCCAAAUUUGCCAUGCCCAGCUCAACACCGCUCUAUCAUGAUGCCAUCAAAACUGUGGCCAGUUCAGAUGAUGACUCCCCUCCUGCACGCUCCCCAAACUUGCCACCUAUGAACAGUGUACCAGGAAUGGGCAUUAAUUCUCAGAAUCCUCGAAUUUCAGGUCCAAACCCAGUGGGUCCAAUGCCAACCCUUAGCCCCAUGGGAAUGACCCAGCCUCUUUCCCAUAACAACCAGAUGCCCUCUCCAAAUGCUAUGGGACCCAAUAUACCUCCUCACGGGGUCCCCGUGGGACCAGGCCUGAUGUCACACAAUCCGAUGAUGGGGCAUGGUUCCCAAGAGUCUCCAAUGGUACCUCAAGGACGCCUGGGCUUCCCACAGGGGUUCCCUCCCGUACAGUCCCCUCCGCAGCAGGUGCCAUUCCCACACAACGGGCCCAGCGGUGGACAAGGCAACUUCCCAGCGGGAAUGGGUUUCCAUGGUGAAGGACCUCUGGGGCGCCCCACCAACCUGCCCCAAAGUUCGACAGAUCCAGCACUUUGCAAGACUGGAGGCCCUGGUGGUCCAGACUCCUUCACUGUUCUUGGAAACAAUAUGCCUUCGGUUUUCACUGAUCCAGAGCUGCAGGAGGUGAUCCGUCCUGGAGCCACAGGAAUACCUGAGUUCGACCUGUCCCGGAUUAUUCCAUCGGAGAAGCCCAGCCAGACACUACAGUAUUUCCCUCGCGGGGAGGUGCCAGGCCGCAAGCAACCACAGGGCCCCGGGCCCGGGUUUUCCCACAUGCAAGGGAUGAUUGGAGAGCAGACCCCACGGAUGGGACUAACGUUGCCUGGCAUGGGGGGCCCCGGGCCGGUGGGAACUCCGGAUAUCCCUCUCGGGACGGCUCCAUCCAUGCCGGGUCACAACCCGAUGAGACCGCCAGCCUUUCUGCAGCAAGGCAUGAUGGGGCCGCACCAUCGCAUGAUGUCACCAGCACAAACAGCAAUGCCUGGCCAGCCUGCGCUAAUGAGCAACCCUGUGGCUGCCGUGGGCAUGAUCCCAGGCAAGGACCGAGCCCCUGCGGGGCUGUAUAGCCACCCGGGCCCUGUGGGGUCACCUGGGAUGAUGAUGUCAAUGCAGGGCAUGAUGGGACCCCAACAAAACAUCAUGAUUCCCCCCCAGAUGAGGCCCCGAGGUAUGGCUGCUGAUGUUGGCAUGGGAGGAUUUAGCCAAGGCCCUGGAAACCCAGGGAACAUGAUGUUUUAAGCUGCUACCAUAAGACUGGAUGUUCCGAUCCUUGUCAAGAUGAGAUUCCAAGUCCUGAGGGCUUUUUUGGGAGCUUCAGGAGUACAGUUUGGCCAUGCAAUAGGUGAAAAGAGACCAGAGGACACUUUGGGAAAUCUCGAAUGUAUGGAAUUACCUGAAAAAAAAAAAAAAAUUAUUCAUUUUAACAGGUUGUUUUUUUUUUUAAGAUUUAUUUUUUAAAAAUUAUUUUUGUGGACUUGGGUAUCCCGUGACGGCACCUGCUUUGAGAAUCUGUAGCUGUAUUUUGAGAAUUGCCAUUUGUCACAAGUUGCACCAUUCUCUGUAUGUUUACGUCCUUCGGACUGGCUUCUCCCAGGACUCUCGGUUAUUUUGGGUUUUUUUUUUUGUGUACUGUACUAUAUUGUAAAAGGGAUUUUAGCAGAGACUUUAGUCUUUGGGGUGAGAGGAGAAUGGGAUUCUAGGCUGUUUACUUUAGGUGGAGAAUCCAUCUUCAGAACUUCGGACUAUUUUCCUUCAACUCCAAUGUAUAGAAAAACCAAACUACGACCUCAGAGCAGAGUAUUAAUGAAAAGCACAAAAAGGAACUUAAGUUCAGUGAGGGGAAUCUUUUAAAAGAAAUAAAUAAUAAGUUAAGGACAUAUUUUUCAAAUUAUGGCGUGCUGUCCAGCACCUUCUGUCUCUCCCUCCCACUCUUUAUUAAAUAGGCUUCUCUCUCUCUCCGUCCCCCUUCUAUCUCCUCCUAUGGCAGCUGCAAUACAUUGUGUUACUUUGGGGGGUAAAUCUAGGUGCGCCUCUCCUCGCGUGGGGACUCUUCCCACUUCUAGGAAGGGGCUGGACUUGGACACUGUUACAUUCUACAGUAGUCUCUCUCACUGUUUCCUAUUCUCCUUUUCUUAGAAACCCCAAGUGAUUUUAUUAAUGUGGGAGUGGAACAGACACUAAAAGUUAUCCAGAAUUUUUUUUGUGGUUAUUUUUUUUUUCCUCCCCAGCGUAAAACGUUCUGUGUAACCUCCAUUAAAUUUGGUACAAAACCACUCGCCAGGGCUGUGGUGUCAGAAAAAUAAAAUAUAUUGUUUCUUA